UGUAAACAUUUGUUUUCUUUAGGUAAACAAACAUUAAAGAUAUUUGAUGGGAAUGAUGCAGUAAAACGCAAUCAAUUUCGACUGAUUUCCGUUCCAAGGAUUGCAAAAAGUGAGGAGGUUGUGGAGGCAGCGCUGAGGGCAUACUACGUAAACGAUGAUCAGCAGCACUAUGAGCUCCAGACAUUUUCUCAGCAGACCUUGUUUUCUGAUGACAUCAUCAACAGGAAUGAUGCCACUGAAGAAACCAGCCCAGGUCCAGUGUUCAGAGAGGCGGUUCCCGAAGCUUGGAUCAUCAGAGCCAAAUCUAAGGAUCACGAAGUAAUAAGAAUUUAUCCCGGUUGGCUGAAAGUGGGAAUGGCGUAUAUCUCUCUACGAAUAGAUAAGGAAAGCACCACCCAGACAGUAAUUAAAGAAGUUCUCCGGCUAUUAGGACGGCAGUCGGAAUGCCUCCAGAAUUUCAAACUUCUAGAAGUACUUAUGGCCAGUAAGCAAGUUCAGCGAAUGGUGCUGGAUGACCAGGAGAUGAUCCUGAGCAGACUUAGGGACAUAAGAAAGACUUCAAUACGUCAGAUGAAUCAGACAAGAUUUUACAUUGUAGAAAAUAAUAAAUCUGUCGUGCGGGUAAAUUUGUUUGUGGGUGGCUUGCCACCUCAGCUCUCUGCUGAAGAAUACACUAACAUCCUCAAGGAUGACUUAGCUAUCAAAACAAAUCUGCUUUCUUUGAGUCAUGUUUACUCAGUGCAAGGUGCUGUUGUACUUGAAAUGUCUUGUUUUUCUGAAGCUGAAAGAAUAUAUAUGGUAGCUAAAGAUACAACGGUCAAUGACAAACAACUUACUGCUGCUGUGAUUCCUGAAGUUCUGCAUACCAAGCUACCACAGAACUGCUGUCCACUACUUGUGUUUGUGAAUCCCAAAAGUGGAGGUUUGAAAGGCCGAGAUCUACUCUACAGUUUUAGAAAACUGCUAAAUCCUCAUCAGGUCUUUGAACUCACUAAUGGAGGUCCACUGCCUGGAUUUCAUACAUUCUCUCAAGUUCCCUAUUUCCGAGUGCUGGUGUGCGGUGGUGACGGCACAGUUGGUUGGGUCCUUGGUGCGCUGGAGGAAAUCAGACACAUGCUCGUCUGUUCAGAGCCCUCUGUAGCCAUCUUACCUUUAGGAACAGGUAACGAUUUAGGGAGGGUGCUUCGCUGGGGAGCUGGCUAUAGUGGGGAAGAUCCCUACUCUAUUCUGAUAUCUGUAGAUGAAGCUGACGAUGUACUGAUGGAUCGCUGGACCAUCCUUUUAGAUGCUCAGGAGGCUGUUGAAAGUGCAGAGAAUGGUAUUUUGGAACCUGAUCCUCCAAAGAUUGUACAAAUGAACAACUAUUGUGGCCUUGGAAUUGAUGCAGAAUUGAGCUUGGGCUUUCACCAUGCUAGAGAAGAAGAACCAGGCAAAUUUAAUAGCAGGUUUCACAACAAAGGAGUCUAUGUAAAAGUUGGACUGCAGAGGAUAAAUCACACCAGAAACCUUCACAAAGAGAUAAAACUUCAAGUGGACCAGCAUGAAGUUGAGUUACCAAGUAUCGAGGGACUCAUUUUCAUUAAUAUCCCCAGUUGGGGGUCUGGAGCUGAUCUCUGGGGAUCUGACCACGAUAAUCGAUUUGAGAAACCAAGAAUCGAUGAUGGCUUACUGGAAGUCGUGGGGGUGACCGGUGUUGUGCACAUGGGCCAAGUACAGAGCGGUCUGCGAUCAGGGAUCCGCAUAGCCCAAGGAGCUUACUUCCGUGUGACGCUUCUGAAACCAACACCCGUUCAAGUAGACGGGGAGCCCUGGAUCCAGCCGCCAGGCCAGAUGAUCAUUUCGGUUGCAGGACCGAAGGUCCACAUGUUGAAAAAAUCCAAACAGAAGCAGAAAAAAACUGGAAGCUUGAAAGAGACCAGAACAGAUAGUGUAUCAAUCGCUGAAGUGGGACACUGAAUUGAGCGGACCUUUACAGAACAAAAGCAACCCAGCUACUGUAGAUGAAAGGAGCCUGCAUUGUACAGCUUUGUGCAGGGGGUUGGUAAAGAAGGGUUCCGAACGAGCCUGCCCUUUAUUCCAUUGUAUAGUACUGUGUUCUGCUUAUUUUGUUAAAUGAUUGUGCCUCAUUAGGUGGCAGACGCACACCUACUCAUAUACCACUAAUUUCAUUCGAAAUGUUUGCCUUUGGUAGCCUUCCCUAAACCAUUGCCCAGUUUUUGGUUUGUACCAGUAGAUAACACAGAUCUACCCUAUGGAGCUCUUCACACUUGGUUUUGCAAAAUUUUCAUUUUGUUAAGAAAUUUCUAGCCUUUUUGUUACAUAAUCUUCCAUAGACAACUCAUCGCAAGGUUCUGUUAAACUAACCCUGAACAACAGUCUUCCAACAAACAGAACUGUAGUAGUUGCAUCUCUUUGCUGUUGUGCUGUGACCUUCUUGGGCAAGGCCAAACACCACAAUCUGAGGCGUCGCUGUUUGAGGCCAUGUUACUCGAGAUGAAUAACCGUAAUGAUAAUGAUCCCAACGUGAAGAGCGCCGUGUACAGAGGAGAAAAACGGCGCUGAAACGCUCAAGUCAAAAUGGCUAAGACAGUAUCGUUUCAAGGUGGUUUACUUGGACAAAGUGGAUGGGGACAAAAAUAUGUUUUAAACAGUUAUGAAAUGGUCUAGCCUCUUCCAGUCAUCAAACACAACAAACAGUUCAGCAGCUAUCUCUUGACUAAAUGGAGGCAAAGUUUACCUCAGUAAUAUAUGUAGACAACAAACUUCUUGGGCUCUUAUUUUUCUCCCCUGCUGGGUGUUCUACCUUUGGUGACUCCAUACUCCUCCACAGGUCCUCAUCUGUCUGGUUUCAAAUUAAUUUUCAAAAAAAAAAAGCCCUAUGUGUAAAUGUAUUUUGACUAUGACUUCCAUACAAGCUCCAGAGAGUA